AUAAUAUUUACGAAACUACCUGUGACAUUGCUGCUGACAUUGGACAACAAGUUGCAGACAACAAAUUUCAAAAUGUUUCGUCCAACACGACUUGCACGUGUCUUGCUUAGACUCCAAAGAAAACACAGCAACAAUCUAAGAACACUUGCUACCAAAAAUAAUCAGUUUUAUUUAAAAUCAAGCAACGCAACAAAAGAUGUUCAGCAACUCUUACAGGUUCACAGAUUGGUCCAGAGUUACAGAUGUUAUAGUUCAGCCGAUUUACCAGCACACACCAAAGUUUCGUUACCAGCCUUAUCUCCGACUAUGGAAAUGGGGACAAUAAAUUCCUGGCAGAAAAAGGAAGGAGACAAGGUCGCUGAGGGGGAUUUAUUAGCAGAAAUAGAAACAGAUAAGGCCACAAUGGGGUUCGAGUCAUCUGAAGAGGGUUACCUGGCCAAGAUAUUUCAUCCAGCAGGGUCUAAAGAUGUACCCAUUGGGAAGUUACUCUGUAUAAUAGUAGAAAAUGAAGAAGAUGUUGCAGCAUUCAAAGAUUACCAGCCGACAGCAGCCGAUGAUCAACUUCCUGACAGUGAUGCAUCAGAGCCUGUUGCACCGCCACCUCCACCCCCUCCUAAACCAUCCCCCGCAGCAGUGGCUCCACCACCAACUCCUGCUCCAUCAAAGGCAGCCCCUCCUCCAGCAGCAUCUGUGUCAGUGCCUCCAUCUGGUGGCAAAGUGAUUGCCUCACCAUAUGCAAAGAAAUUGGCAGCUGAUAAGGGCAUUGAUCUUAGUCAAAUAACAGGCACUGGUCCUGGAGGAGAAAUCAGGGCAGACGAUGUACUCAACUUCUCACCGUCAGCCGUCCCUACAUCUGUUCCAAUAUCAGCACCAGAGGGAGCUUUCGUAGACAUACCUCUGACCAACAUGAGAAAGGUGAUAGCAAAGAGAUUAGUGCAGUCCAAACAGACUAUUCCACAUUAUUAUUUAACUGUGGAUGUUAAUGUAGAUAAAGUUUUAAGAUUACGUAAAGAACUGAAUGAGAUUUUAUCAAAAGACAACAUAAAAUUAUCUGUGAAUGACUUCAUCAUAAAAGCAUCAGCAUUAUCAUGUAAAAAGAUCCCGGAGGCCAACUCAUCAUGGAUGGAUGACUCAAUACGACAAUAUAAUAUAGUUGAUGUCAAUGUAGCAGUAGCAACACCAGCAGGUUUAAUAACUCCUAUAGUAUCAAGGGCAGAUAUCAAGGGACUAUCCCAAAUUAGUCAGGAUGUUUUAGCUUUAGCAACAAAAGCAAAAGAAGGAAAAUUACAGCCUCAUGAAUAUCAGGGAGGAACCUUCACAAUCUCCAACUUAGGAAUGUUUGGUAUUAAAUCAUUUUCUGCAGUCAUCAACCCCCCUCAGGCCUGUAUUUUAGCAAUAGGGGGUGCAGAGAAAAGACUAGUGGUAGACGAAGACAGUGAUAAAGGGUACAGUUCAGCCAAUAUGAUGUCAGUGACAUUAAGUUGUGACCAUCGAGUAGUGGACGGUGCAGUGGGAGCACAAUGGCUAGCAGAGUUUAGGAAAUUCAUGGAACGUCCUGAGACCAUGCUAUUAUAGCUGCGUUAUACUUAGGGAUUUUAAAUUUUAGUGUUGACAGUGCUGUUAAUAAUAUCAUGAUAAAAAAGUGCUGUUUGUGUAAAAUGGAACGAAAUGGACAUUAGAAUUGAUUUUCAUCAUUUUAUAGUGACUGUUAAUGUAUUGAAAAUUCUAAGCAACUGACAAUAUAAUAGAUUGGUCUGUACAUAGAGGUACAUUUGUAAUAAGAAAUCUAAAAUAUUUAUUCUUGACAGAUGGACACAUUUUUAUCAGUUACAGUAUUGUUAUGUUUGAAGUAAUUAUUUUUACUAUUUAUAAUUAUGAAAUAAGUAAGUACUUGAAUAUCUGGACUGUAUUUAUUUUAUAAGUUAGAUUUACAAUUAUGACAGUUGUAUCAAGGAAUAAUAAUCUUAGAAAGUUAUAAUAAAGUGCUAUUCUAUGAAUGUUCAAAAAGUUAAUUUUUAUCUAGAAUUCUACUGAAUUUAAUUGUAACAUGACAAUUUAAGAAAGAAUUCUUACCUGACGAAUAUGAUAUAUAUCAAACAUUUCAUCAUUAAGCAAAACAAAUACAUCCUUUGUUUUAGCUUAAAUGUUGGAAAGAUAAGGUAUGGUAGACAUGCAUAUAAGAAUAUGCAUCACAUCAGCUAGUUAAAAUAUGAAUUUUGAAUCAGAAUAAAAAUAGUUAAUAGUUCUUGACUUUGCAAGUAUAUGGAAGGAGAAUGCUUGUUAAUAUAAGUUGAUGAAUCUCAUUUUGUUUGCUUGCAAGUAUUCAUAUAUUUCUAGAACAUGUCUUUUUGAACAGGAAAAUUAAACUUAUGGCAUGUUUUGUUCUGAGGGCAUUCUCAAAAUACAAUAGAACAUA